AAGAAGCAUUGAGACCAAGAGACUGCUCUUCUCAAACCAACAAAAACCCAGCUCCUGACACCAUGGCUUGCUAUGUACCCUGCUCCUGCAGCAUCCGCAGUGGCCCUGCCACCACCAUCUGCUCCUAUGACAAAAUCUGUCGGUGCGGAGUCUGCCUGCCCAGCACCUGCCCACACGAGAUCAGUCUCCUUCAGCCCACCUGCUGCGACUGCUGUCCCCCACCCUGCUGUAAGCCUGACACCUACGUGCCAACUUGCUGGCUGCUCAACUCUUCCCAACCAACUCCUGGGCUGAGUGGGAUCAACCUGAUGACCUACGUUCAGCCUGGCUGUGAAAGUCCCUGUGAGCCCUGCUGUUAAGCAGCAGCAUCUUUGCCCUGGUUCAGUGACGGGCUGCUCAACGUCUUAUGCAUCCUCUGGCCUUCCACAUGCAACUACACAUCAACUACUACCUACAUCAGGCUGAAUCAAUCCCAACUGCCAGAGCGAUGCUUUCAUGUAUUUGCUCAAUUUCUUAAUUCUUCCUCCUUCUUUCUGUCUUUUAUUCCACUGCUUUCUGAGAAAGAACCAUUUUGAUGAGUCGUUAAUAAACUUCAUUCUGGCUUAGCAAA